GGAAAGUCAAUCAUCUGUACAUAGUAACAGAUCAGUACUCCUGCUCUACAAUCCCAUUAAUUUAGCAUAUUCAUGAUAUUUAUAUAAAGUGUAAUCGUUACCUUGUAUAGCAGUCAAUGUAUAUUCUGCAAGUUGUAUUUCACAUUGCUCAGUCGGUUUGUACCUAGUAUUUAAUGAAUACACAGCCUAUGGUUCUGGUGUGUUAGCCAAAACCUGUUUACUAAAAUUUCUUCAGUAAUUACAACAAGAGAAAACACUAGUUGAGUUACAGAAUUCUCUUUCUUCUCAGAAAGACUGCAGCUCAUCUUCAAUGGCAGAAGCAACUCAUAGGAUUGCAGUAGUUACAGGCGCAAACAAGGGGAUUGGUCUUGAACUAUGCAGGCAGUUGGCUUUGAAAGGAAUCAUGGUGGUGUUGACAGCAAGAAAUGAGAAAAGGGGUGUCGAAGCUGUGGAGAAGCUGAAAAAGUUUGGGCUCUCAGAUCGUGUGGUUUUCCAUCAGCUUGAUGUGACUGACACUACUAGUGUUGCUUCUCUUGCAGAUUUCAUCAAAACCAGAUUUGAGAAAAUUGAUAUCUUGGUGAAUAACGCGGGAAUUCUUGGAGCUACGGCAGACGGCGAUGCGAUGAGAGCUAUAAUUCGGCCUGCAAAGGAAGGAGAUCGGCCUGUCCGUGGGAGUGUAAACAUGGCUCAAACUUAUGAAUUAGCUGAAGAAUGUCUAAGAACAAACUACAAUGGUGCCAAAUUGAUGGUUGAAGCUCUUAUUACCCUUCUCAACUUAUCUGAUUCCCCAAGAAUUGUCAAUGUUUCCUCCUACAUGGGGAAGUUAAAGGAAAUACCAAAUGAAUGGGCUAAAGGAGUGUUGAGUGAUGCUGAAAGCUUGACAGAAGAAAGAAUAGAUAUGGUAUUAAAUGAGUUUCUAAAAGAUUUAAAGGAUGGUUCUUUAGAGGCUAAAGGCUGGCCUGCCUUUAUGCCUGCCUACAUACUUUCAAAAGCAGCUCUGAUUGCCUAUACAAGAGUUGUAGCCAAGAAGUAUCCAUCUCUACGCAUCAACUGUGUCUGCCCUGGCUAUGUCAAGACAGAUAUAAACUAUAAUGAUGGAGUCUUAACGGUUGAAGAAGGUGCUGAAAGGGUUCUGAGGUUAACACAACUUCCUAAUGAAGGUCCUUCUGGCCUCUUCUUUUCACGGAAUGAGGUGUCAUCUGUUGAUAAAAUUUACCUCGAAGCACACCCAAAAAGAAUAGAUUUUAAAAGCUACUUUGUGGCCCAGAUGCUCCCAAUAUGGUUGCUUGUCAAUUAUCAAGGCAGAUAUGAUUAUCGCUUUAUCAGGCCAGAAAGGAAUAGGUUACAGAAUUCUCUUUGGUCUCAGAAACUCUGCAGUUCAUCUUCAAUGGCAGAAGCAACACAGAGGCACUUUGUUUUUGCUGUGAUUGCAGUAAUUACAGGCGCAAACAAGGGGAUUGGUCUUGAACUAUGCAGGCAGUUGGCUUUGAAAGGAAUCAUGGUGGUGUUGACAGCAAGAAAUGAGAAAAGGAGUGUUGAAGCUGUGGAGAAGCUGAAAGAGUUUGGGCUCUCUGAUCGUGUGGUUUUCCAUCAGCUUGAUGUGACUGACACUACUAGUGUUGCUUCUCUUGCAGAUUUCAUCAAAACCAGAUUUGGGAAACUCGAUAUCUUGGUGAACAAUGCAGGGAUUAUUGGAUGUACAAUGGAUGGCGAUGCUUUCAGAGCUUUAGGUGUAGAUUUAACGGCCGAAGGAGUAGAGGUUGAUUGGAGUAAAAUAAUUCUGACUCAAACAAAUGAACAAGCUCAAGAAUGUGUGGAAACAAACUAUUAUGGUCCCAAGAGGAUGGUUGAAGCACUAAUUACCCUUCUUCAGUUAUCUGAUUCACCAAGGAUUGUUAAUGUUUCCUCCUCGGCAGGGCGGUUAAAGAGAAUAACAAAUGAAUGGGCUAAAGGAGUGUUAAGUGAUGUUGAAAGCUUGACAGAAGAAAGAGUGGAUGGCGUUUUGAAUAAAUUCAUGAAAGAUUUCAAGGAAGGUGCAUUGGAAGACAAUGGCUGGCCUGCCUAUUUGUCUGCAUAUGUAGCUGCAAAAGUAGCUUUGAAUGGCUACACAAGACUUUUGGCCAAGAAGUAUCCAUCUUUUCUCAUCAACUGCGUCUGUCCUGGCUAUGUCAAGACUGAUAUAACCUUCAAUGCUGGGUUCUUAACAGUGGAAGAAGGUGCUGAAAGUCUUCUCAGGUUGGCACUGCUUCCUGACGGAGUUCCUUCUGGCCUUUUCUUCUUUCGAAAUCAAGUGUCUCCUUUUUGAUCAAGACUAGUCCUCAUCAGAUCAGUUACAAGACCUUUAUGUACAGCCACAGGAGUUCCUAAUAAAUGUUUGUCUAUUGUUUUCUUUUCUUUUUCCUACUUUCCUAAUAGAUUUGUAAAAAUCAUUUUCCUAUAAUUCCUCAAAUUAAACUCGCAUGCUCGAGAAGUGGCAGCAGAUCAAAGAGCUAGCAAGACAAAAAGUUGAUGGGGUGAAGUGGAAAUGAUGUUUGAUGCUGAGAAAUUUCCUGCCGACAACAGUCACUGAGAAGAAAGUUCGGACCAAUUUCCCUAACUCUUUGUACGACAAGCAUGUGGAUGGAGGAUGUUGGAAAGAGACACUCCUAAUUAUGUUAUAAUAAUCUUUGCUUGGCAUUAUUAGCUCGCACCUCUUGUACCCAACCAAAUUCCCCAUUAUAAUAAGUUGCCCUUUGUUUUUUAA